GUUGUUUCCUUUGACAAUUCACAGCCUGUUUGCUUCAAGGAGCUUGUGUAAAGGCCGAGUAUCAGCUGUCUCAUAACACAUCCAGUAACAGAAGCCAGAGAAAAUCUUUAAUUAAUUUGAAUGAUUGUGCUGGUUUCUCAAGGUGUAAUUGAGGAACCAGCCUUUAGUUUCCUAUGAAGUAUUAUCUUAAUAAUAUUUCUUGCAUAAAACGAACAAAUUAAACUCUCUGCUCGCAGAAGUGUCCAUGCUGCCUUCACGUGGGGGAUGAAUGUCUCAGUGUUCCUGUUGUUGUCUUAGGUACAGAUCCAUGCCAUUGCAUCAAUAGCUGCUGCAUACAGCCCAUGUGCUCUCUCUGAAUUUGCUCACAGUGCGAUCGCAUCGAUUUUACAAGCCUGGCUCGACCAAUGUGCCGAGGAUUUCCAAGAGCCGCCCGACCACGUGUGUCUGCUGAAGGUGCUGAGUUACCUGAAGAAGAACAUGCCCGGCUCUGACCCGGAGAAGAGGGCGCAGAACCUCCUGGAGCAGUUCCAGAAAGAAGAACUGGAGAAUGAUGACGCGUUCCACAGCCUUUCUCCCUGCAACCUGGAUGAGGAAGAGGAACUGGAGAUCAGCGGUGCACAGGAAUUCUCAUUGUUCCAAGAAGAGCUGGUGGCAGAGCAGCUGACGUACAUGGACGCGACACUCUUCAAGAACGUUGUGCCCCACCACUGCCUGGGCUGCAUCUGGUCCCGCAGGGACAAGCAAGAGAACAAACACCUGGCACAGAGCAUCAGAGCCACCAUCUCGCAGUUCAACGCCGUCACCAACUGCGUGGUCAGCACCGUCCUCGACAGCAGAGAAUUAAAGACACGGCAACGAGUGAAGACCUUGGAGAAGUGGAUCCGUAUCGCACGUCAAUGUAGGAUCCUGAACAACUUUUCGUCUUUGAAGGCCAUUGUUUCCGCACUGCAGUCCACCUCCGUUUAUCGCCUGAAGAAGACCUGGGCCUGCGUUCCAAAGGACACAAUGCUGAUGUUCGAAGAGCUCUCAGAAAUCUUCUCCGACUCUGACAACUUUGCGACGAGCAGGGAGCUGCUGAUGAAGGGAGUCACCCAAGGCACGGUACCUUACCUGGGUACCUUCCUCACAGACCUCGUCAUGCUGGACACAGCCCUUCAGGACUAUCUCGAGGGCGGCCUGAUCAACUUUGAGAAGCGGCGAAGGUUUCCGGCUUUCACGCGAAAUUGAAGGAGCUGCUGACAAGAGUGUCGCAUCGGCCAAAGCUCAGAGGAGCGUGGUGAAGAGAUUCAGCCUGCCGUUCCUGGGCUUGGGGGUGAGCGCCCACAGCACAGCCGUCAACGCGCAGCCCAAACCUGCUCCAGGUGGGAGCUCUGGGGACAGCACCGUCACCAUCGUCCCUCCCACCGACACUGCCGAGGAGCCUCAGCACAAGUGCUCCAAGAAGUGCCCCGACUCCGUGACUCCCAUUACAACCAAAGAAGUGCCGCCAGUCCUGCCACUUUACAACCGUCAGAACGGAGAGAGCUGCAUCAUCCGGACCAGCGUAGAGGAGGACAGAAGUGGCAACAACUACAGGAGCAUCCUGCUGACUAACCAAGAGAAGGCUCCUGCUGUCAUCCAGAGAGCCCUGGAGAAGCACAGCCUGCAGUGUGGCUCGGCCGAGGAUUACGAGCUGGUACAGAUCAUCUCCGAGGACAAAGGUGGGGAAGCAGAACUCUGCUGCUGCUGCUUGACCGGUGCUGCUGCAUUUUGACGGCAAGAGUGACACGCGAAGCGACGUCAGGAACGCCACGGACACGUUGUCACAGCUGCCGGUGAGAAUAAACCCCUAAGGCUGAGUGGUGCGCCAACUCACGCUGGCUCUGCUCCCUCUCUUGCAGAGCUGGCGAUCCCACCCAAGGCGAACGUGUUCUACGCCAUGAGCACCCAGGCCAACUUCCAUUUCAUCCUGAGGAGAAAAGCUGCAGCACAGGAGGAGCCUGCGCCCCAUGGAUUUUAAUGGUUGAGCCUUCUAUAGGAUUUACUGCUUAUAUUAUAAGCAUGGAAACUUUUUUUCCCCAGGUUUAGUCUGGAGUUGAUAUAUUUGAAUAUGUGACCUGUAUCUAAUGUUUGAGCUUUGUAUAAUAUUUAAUAUUUAUAUAACAAGUCUAUUACCUUUUUUCCAGUUCUUGUCUGCAGUUCAUGUAUUUUAAUACUUGAUGUUUUUAUCAUAUUUAAUCUUUACAUACUUGCAUAGAAACAUUCAUUAGUAUAUAACCCUUUUUCCACUAAUUUCUGCUUGGAGUUACUAUAUUUCAGUAGCUUAGCUUUACAGAAUAUUUGAGCUUUGUAUAAUAUUUAAUAUCUUUAGAAUAAGUACAUAACCUUUUUUCCACUAAUUUCUAAUUGGAGUUAAUAUAUUUAAAUGUUGUAUCUAUACAUAAUAUUUGAGCUUUAUUUAAUAUUUUUAUUUACUGUACUAAUAUUUUUUUUUUAUAUUUUUA